UUAGCAGCACAGAGUGCAGCAACGACCCCUCAAGUUUAGCAAUCACCACUGCUAGAGAGACCGUAGCCCAAUAAACAUUGGGAUGUUGCGAAGAGUCAAGGCACAUGCGCAAGGCAUUAAGCUGCACGACGCCCUGUCCAAUAGCCCGCUGACUAUCGUUUUCCAGUGCAUCGGCAACGUCAAAGCCGCACAAUUAGAGGACUCGCUUAAAGCACAAGUUACAGAGUCUCCAGAUGGACUCAACGCGACACCGAUCAGCUUCCGGGUGAAGAACAGGCUUGCGACCGCGACGGGGCGUGCCGAUGUGUCGGCCUUCCUCCAAGCCACCAAUGUGCUCGUGGGCUGGGAGCUGAGGACGAAGGAGCAGGCGGAGAGCAGCGCCAGCAUGGGCACCGGCAGCGUGUCAGUUCGGCUGGCAGACCGGCUGAUGGACGUCGUCGCCAGCACCUCAGCACCCACGACCGCAGACGCGCCCCCUCGCAAGCAGCCGCCUCAGCGCACGCUCGCGGCCAUCAUCAAAGCCAGCCUGGAGCUCUCAAAGAAAUUUCCGGUGGCCCCGCUCGCCGGCUUCUUCCACGGCCAACGAAUCCGUCUGGCUGACCUGGCGCGCUGGAGCGAGCUUGACGACAAGGCCGUGUACGGCGAAUUGAUAGCGCAGCUGGAGUCGGUGCCGGCCGGCCUGGUGUCGGCGGUCAACGUGGGAGACGCUGGCAUCAGCUCCAUAUUGGACGGCCAGUCGGCGCCGCUGCUGCUGUUCCUGGCGGCGAAGCAGGCGGAGGCGGAGGCGGCGGCAGCUGCGGGCGCGGGGCAGAAAGCGGCGGCUUAACAGAUGUCGGUGUGGCGUAGAGCGAGAGACGACAGCGCAGUGUGAGUGUGAGUGUGGACAUGGCGGCUGUUGGAACACGCUACUGUGGCGGCAAGGCCACCUGGCGCAGCGGAAGCGUGCACACAGCAUUGACGGCAGCCGUGUUAUGUUUGGGAGUUCCUGGCGGAUGGGGCCCUGAGCUGGGGCUGGGGAAGUGGCUGGCAUGAGCACAUGCGCCUCAGGGACGGCGGCUGUGGGGCUUUAUGAGGACCAGUGCCCAAGCAGCGCUGGGUCAGAGCUGCAGUGAGCACAUGUGCACUCAAGAUGGUAGUUGGCUGUGGGGGCAUCUGUGUUGUGUGGGUCUGCUGCGCGGCGGGUUAAUGCUUUUGUUGCAUGGUGUGGACGGCGGGCAAUAGCCAGAUCGCGAGCAAGGCGCAGACGAAAGACCAUGCGGCGACCGUUUGCAGACACGCCAGUGAUUUCUGCCAACUCUUGAAAGCUUUUAAGGUU